AUGUCGGGUCUGCCACCAGUCUACAUCGUUUCCGCCGCCAGAACGCCGGUUGGCUCGUUCCUAGGACAGCUGUCAAGCCUCAGCGCCACUGAAUUGGGUUCUAUCGCUAUCAAGGCGGCCGUUGAGCGGGUCCCCCAGAUCAAGCUCGAGGACGUUGAAGAAGUCUUCUUUGGCAAUGUCCUGUCCGCAAACCUCGGCCAAGCCCCCGCCCGGCAAUGUGCCAUCCACGCCGGCCUAUCGCCAGGUGUCGUCUGCACGGGUGUCAACAAGGUGUGCGCCAGCGGUAUGAAGGCUAUCAUCCUGGGCGCGCAGACCAUCAUGACGGGCAACGCAUCCAUCAUUGUGGCCGGUGGCACCGAGUCCAUGUCCAACACGCCCCAUUACCUGCCCACCAUGCGCAGCGGUGCUAAAUUCGGCGACCAGGCGAUCGUCGACGGCAUGCUGAAGGACGGUCUGGUCGAUGCCUACAAGAAGGAGCACAUGGGUUUGGCUGCUGAGCUCUGCUCUGAAGACCAUACCAUCAGCCGUGAGGACCAAGAUACGUACGCCAUCGAGACCUACACGCGUGCCCAGAAGGCGACCGAGGCGGGUAUGUUCAGCACGGAGAUUGUGCCCGUCGAGGUCAGCGGCGGCCGCGGCAAGCCGGCCAUCAAGAUCACGACCGACGAGGAGGUCAAGAACCUGAACGCGGAGAAGCUGAGGACGGUGCGCCCCGUCUUCAAGGCCAAGGACGGCACCGUCACAGCCGCUAACGCCGCCCCUCUGAACGACGGCGCCGCGGCGCUCGUGCUCAUGUCCGAGGCUAAGGUCAAGGAGCUGGGCGUGACCCCGAUUGCCAAGAUCCUGGGCUGGGGCGACGCCGCGCGCGAGCCCGAACGCUUCACUACCGCCCCCUCGCUCGCCAUCCCCAAGGCCAUCAAGCACGCCGGUGUCCAGGAGUCAGAUAUCGCCUUCUACGAGAUCAACGAGGCCUUCAGCGUUGUGGCCCUGGCCAACAUGAAGCUGCUCAACCUAACGGGCGACAAGGUGAACGUCUUCGGUGGAUCCGUCGCCAUCGGACAUCCCCUGGGAUGCUCGGGCGCUCGCAUCACUACCACCCUGACGUCGGUAUUGCGCGAGAAGAAGGCCAAGAUUGGAUGUGCUGCUAUCUGCAACGGCGGUGGUGGCGCUAGCGCCAUUAUCAUCGAGAGUCUGCAAUAG